AUGAAGGUGAUCACGGACUGUCCUGCGCUCUACGCCGCUGUCGCUGUGGGCAUCAUGUCGCUUGUCGGUGUGUACUACCUCCGACGUGGUCGUACGAGACGUCGCGCUCCUAUCGCUGUCGACGUCACGCUGACGGACGACGAACUGGUCAAGCAAGGAUUUGCAUCCAAGAAAGUCCCAGACGAUCUUGACGUGAUUGUGAUCGGGUCGGGGAUGGGUGGGUUGACCGUUGCUGCCGCGUUGGCGAAAGAAGGAAAGCGCGUUCUAGUGCUGGAGCAGCACGAUGUCGCGGGUGGCAACACACACACGUUCGAGGAAGGAGGAUACGAAUUCGACACGGGGUUCCAUUACAUCGGAGGGUUCCUCGACGACAAGUCAUAUCCGAACCGAAAAUUGUUCGACUACAUUUCCAACCACUCGGUCGAGUUCCAGCGAUCGGGUGAUACUGUCGACGUUGCCGUUGUCCAAGGGCCCGACGGUACCCGCGACGCUAUCCACUUCACUGCCGACCACGAAGCGUUCAAGACCUACUUAAAGAAGCGGUUCCCUCUCGACCACGCCUCCAUCGAUGCGUACUUCAACGCAGUCAGAGCUGCCAAUCGUGGUUGGGAGGUCUUCUUUGGGUUGCAAAUGUGUCCGACGUGGCUGCGUGGCGUGUACCGGUGGUGGAAUGCGUCCAAGCUUGAAUACUUCCACAAGACAGUCCUCGAAGUUGUGUCUUCGCUGACGACCAACGCGGAACUCCUCGGCAUUCUCAACUACUCGUGGGGUGACUUUGGGGACCCGCCGUCCCGCGCCUCGUUUGCGUUGAACGCAGCGAUUCUCAACCAUUACCGCGGCGGUGCGUACUACGCCGUCGGUGGCCCCAGCGUCAUUCCCAAAAAAGUUGUUCGGGUUAUUGAAUCCCAUGGUGGGAAGGUUCUCGUGCGGGCGCCUGUGUCUGAGAUCCUGAUUGAUGCGUCCAACAACGCUUUCGGCGUUCGCGUCAAGGGCAAAGACAUCCUCGCUCGUACCAUCAUCAGCACAGUCGGCGCGCCCCAGACGUACGCAAAGUUGAUUCCGGAAACGCACCGCCACCACGUGGACCAUCUUCUUCGCGAACUGGCAAACCCGGCAAUGCAAUCGUGCUGCUCGCUCAUGUCGCUCUUUGUGGGCUUUCGUGGGGACGCCAAGGAGCUCGACUUGCCCACGCACAACGUGUGGAAGUUCCCGUCGUGGAGCCACGACGCCAACGUUGAGGCCAACCAGACGUCGCCGGAUGCUCCAUUUUGUGCCCUAUUCAUGUCGUUUUCGUCGGCAAAGGACCCAACGUUUGCCGAACGGUUCCCUGGCAAACAAGUGGGGCUCGUCGUAGCCCCGAGCUUCUUCCACCACGUGGAGAAGUUCAAGGACGGUCGUGUCAAGCACCGCGGUGACGAGUACGAAGCUCUCAAGGACGCGUGGAAGGAGCGCCUUGUGGCCGAGUUCUUGAAGGAAUUCCCCAAAGUAUCGCGCGAGUCGAUUGAAGUUGCCGAGGUCGGCACGGCCAUCACCAACGAUUUCUACCUUGGCACAACGCGUGGAGCUGUAUACGGCCUCAGCCACACGCCUGCCCGGUUCACGUCGGACGCGAUCAACCCUCGCACGCCCAUUUCCAACUUGUACUUGUCUGGACAAGACGUCAUGUCGUGUGGAAUUGUCGGCGCUGCCUACGGUGGCCUCUUGACUGCAGCGAUCGUCGAACCGUCGUUGCUACCCAAGCUCGGCAAGUUGCUGUCCAAGUCUAGCAAGUAA